AUGAGUUACAGCAGGGUGAGCAAACAUACAGGGAGAAUAGAAGUCUACAGAAGCAAGGAGAAAUGGAGAAAAUCAGAGUUCAGUUUUGGAUGCAUGGGUUGUUUGUGCUGGUGUUGAGCAGUGUGACUUCUAACAGCUUAGUGGAGGGACUGGAGACAACAAAAAGUUAUGACUACACCAAAUAUCAUCCCAUGGCGGAGAUCUACGGGUGGAUGGAAGAUGUGGAGAAAGGAAGCCCUGAGCUGGUCUCCUCAGCUGUUUAUGGGCACACUGUCGAAGGAAGAAAUAUCACACUGCUGAAGUUGGGAUUACAAAACCCAGAGGGCGUAGAGAAGAAGAUUAUAUGGAUGGACUGUGCAAUCCACGCUCGGGAGUGGAUCGCUCCAGCCUUCUGUCAGUGGUUUGUCAAAGAGAUUGUGCAGUCCUAUAAAAGUGACAAGAAGCUGGAGGAGAUUCUGCAGAACCUCGACAUCUAUGUGACUCCUGUGGUCAAUGUGGAUGGGUACAUCUUCUCCUGGGUUAACGACAGCACUCGCCUGUGGAGAAAGUCUCGUUCAGCCCCCCCUGCAGGUGGAAGUUGUUCUGGAGUCGACCUCAACAGGAACUUUAAUGCCAACUGGGGAUCGGUUGGUGUGUCUUUUGACAGUUGUUCAAACACUUACUGUAGGACAUCUGCAGGAUCAGAGCCAGAGGCCUCAGCUGUAAUGGACUUUGUUGGUAAGAUGGUUGAUAAGACUCUGUGUUUCCUCACCAUCCACUCUGCGGGGCAGCUCAUUCUCUUACCAUACGGACACCCUGAGAUCUCUGCGCCCAACUACGAGGAACUGGUUUCAGUGGGAGAGGCAGCAGCUGCAGAAAUGAAGAAGGUGCAUGGAAUGGACUACACAGUAGGAACAUCUCCACAAAUCCUCUAUGCAAACUCUGGCUCAAGUCGUGACUGGGCUCGUCUCAAUGGCAUCCAGUUCUCGUACACAUUUGAGCUGAGGGACAAAGGUGAGUUCAGCCACCUGCUGCCAGAGGAGCAGAUCCAGCCAGCCUGUGAGGAGGCCUACGCCGGAGCUCUGUCCAUCAUCACAUAUGUUCAUGAUAAGGCCCUGAACAGCUCUGCUGUCCCUGGAUUUACUGCAUUCUCUGGGGCUGCUGUGAUAAUGUGGAGCACUGUCGUUGCCGUGUCUGUCACUCCAGGAGGUUUGGUGUAGCAGAAUUCAGCAUAUCUUAUGAUACGACUUAUAUAACCUUAAUUACUCUGAAACACAUAAGCUACAUAAUCAAGCUCUGUACAUCCUAAAAACUGCUACAUUAUUAAAGUUUCAUGAUACAUUUCAAAGAGAGAUAAACAGAUUUGAAAACAUCAUCUGUGCAUAGAGCGGCACGCCCAUGCUGCUGUUCCUCCUUUCCACAGCAGGGGGCAGCGUUGCUCCAUUUAAGGCUGCAAGCUCUCCUUCAUUUAUUCAAAUGUCUGUGUAGUGACAGCUUUACUUUUAUGUGCAUUAUGAAUUAGUGGGGUUUAUUUUUUCUUCUUUGACAUCUAAUUCUUGUCUCCAGAAUCCGCCAUCACUGUAGAAAACACAUUUAUGUUUUACUGUUUCUGUUUGUCUUAAAUUAAA